AUGACAACAUUUGAGGAAUUUGAACUCCCUUCCACAUCUUUCAAUGGCUUAACCUUUGAUCGAUACGACUCAUCACUAAAAAUGAUCGACUACCCUCACGAACAAGCCAUUAGUCUUCCGGAUCAAGAAAUAUAUCAGACACAACAGAUUGAGUUAUCGGGAAGUCCCCCAGAAUUAUCCUCUCCGUUCUCCGAUGAAAAGGUCUACAAGAGUUUGCCGAGGAACAAGUGUCCGUCGAAAUGUCUCGUUUGCAGAAACCCGGCAAUCGGAUAUCAUUAUGAUGUUCCUUCUUGCAAUGGCUGCAAAACUUUCUUCCGUCGAACAAUCAUCACUGGAAGGAAAUUCGAGUGCAAUAAAAACAGAGUUUGCAUGGAAGGAACCGAACCAGUUGAUAUGUCGAAAAGACUUUGUCGUGCGUGUAGAUUUGCAAAAUGCGUAGAAGUUGGAAUGAAUCCGAUGGCAAUCCAAGCAGAAGUUAAAAGUGAAGAAGGAAAAGUAUUGAGAAAUGAAGUAUUGAAUCAAAGGGAAUCACUGGGAGUAGUGUCCUCUUUGAUGGUAACUGAAGAAGAUCUGCUGAGCCGAAUGAUUGAGAAGCUCACUCUUGUUGAGAGUAAAGUAGAACCGUUGCAUCGUUCAGGAAUGCCUCCCGGUUACAGGGACACACGGAAAUUGGAAGAAAUAUUAAACUCAAAACCAGUUUUUAUUAUAUCAGAUAUUCCAAAUCUGAAGUUCUGUGCUGAUUCAUGUCCUAAAGAAAAGCACCCACGUAAGCGAUGCCCAAACUAUGCUCACAGCAGUUUUCUGGCUUCAAUCGAGUCUUCAAAAAUGUUUGAUUUCUCAUCUCAAAUUGAUCUGGAAUCAAGAAUUCUAUUGAUGAAACAUGCGACAGUUGUCUGUUCGAAUAUGAUGAAUGCCUUCUUCUCAAUGAAUGAAAUGAAAUCAGAUGUGCUCCUCCAUCCAGAUGGGACACUCAGUGGACCAAUGCAUAAGAGAGAUAGAGAGUCAAAUACAAUGAAUGAUCAUGUAAAAGCAUUACAGAAGACACUGAUCUCUUUUCUCAGUAAUAAAAUCGACAAGAUCGAGUAUCUCCUAUUCAAAGCAAUUAUGCUAUGUAAUCCAGCUGUACCAGGAUUGUCAUUAUUAGACCAACAGAUUAUCGAAAAAGAAAGAAAUCAAUACAUGAAAUCUCUACUCAAUUAUUGCCUCCUUCAACACGGAAAACUUCAUGGACCGGCUCGUUUCGCUGCUAUUCUCGCAUUGGCUCCAACCAUUGAGAAUCAAUCGAAAAAUCAGAAAGAUUUUCAUGUUUACCUGAAAGCAAGGCACUACCAAAAACACAUUGAAAUGGGACGAAGCGGCAAGAAAUGUGUCAGUUCGAUGUUUGAACAAGUUAUGGAAUCAUAA